AUGAAGUGUAUCUGCCUUAUCCUGGCUACAGCGGCUCUGGCUAGCGGUUUCGCUGUCAAAGACAAUGAGAUUGAAACGUCUCGUUUAAGUACAAGUGAUGAUCUUCUUAACAGUGUUAUAAGUGAUUGUUUCGGCACCGAUUCUCCUACGUCCUGCCUCAAAGUGAAGGUCUUAUCUUUCCUGGAUACGAAGUUGGGAGUGACUUCAGAAUCAGCGAGAGCAUUCGAUGAUAAUAAUAUAGAUAAAGUGAUCUUCGACCGCGUCGGAAGAAUCCUCAACUCAAACGAGUUCAGGGUUCAACUCCCGGAAUUCAUUUUCCAAAACGCAGAGAUUUCUUACCGAGCUGAUAGAGGAUUAGACGUUGACUUCCCCGAAACUGAGGCUGAAAAUGGCGAAGCUCGUGGUUUACUCAAGAAGAAACUGCUGCUGCCAGUUCUUCUUCUUCUCAAGCUGAAGAUGAAAGCGCUCAUGCCCAUCCUGGUUUCCAUCAUCGGCAUCAAAGCCAUCAAGGCUCUGAUCCUCAGUAAACUAGCCAUAGCCCUCGUCGUUGGAUUCCUCGUAUACAACCUCAUUAUGAAGAAAGGAGCUAUGCCAAUGAUGAUGCCUACUGAAGCUCCUCCCGCCGCUCAGUAUGGACCACCAGCUAACCAAUACGGACCACCCUCAACUCCUGCAUCAGCCCCUCAAGAUUCCUACAGCCCUCAAUGGGAGCCAGCAAGCUCUGGUCCUUACGCCAGGGUAUGGGACCCAACCCAGCUCGCAUACAGCUCGUACUACCCAGGAGAAUCAAGCUCCUCAUCUUCGAACCAAUCACCAAGCUACUCCAGCGUUUCCUCCAUAGCUUCAUCAUCAUCUAAUCCUUGA